AUGUCCCAUUCUCCUAGAUCAUCUAUAGAGGAAAGUAGUGGUAUAACAGCUUUAAAUUCUGUUGAUUCAGAAGAAAAUAAUCCAAUAUAUUUAAAACAUGAAGAUAUAAUCUCAAAAAAGACUAAUGAUAGAACAAAUAAUAGUUCAAUGAAAGAUACAUCUGAUACUUAUUCAAAUAAUGAUUUACACAGUGAAGCACAAAGUGAAGGAUCUUUAUUAAGAAUUUUUACAACAGGUGAAAAUAAUCAAUAUGUUUAUAUUGGUAGACAAAAAUUUUUAAGAAGUGAAUUAUAUGAAGCAUUUGGUGGUACCUUGCAACCUGGUUUAGCACCUGCUCCUGUGCAUAGAUUUGCAAACCCUGCUCCUUUAGGACUUUCAGCUUUUGCUUUAACAACAUUUGUUUUAUCAAUGUGUAAUGCAAGAGCUCAAGGUAUUGAAACUCCAAACAUUGUUGUUGGUUUAGCAAUAUUUUAUGGUGGUUUAACACAAUUAAUUGCAGGUAUUUGGGAGAUUUCUUUAGAAAAUACAUUUGGUGGCACAGCUUUAUGCUCAUUUGGCGGAUUUUGGCUAAGUUUUGGUGCAAUUAAUAUACCAUGGUUUGGUAUAAUUGACGCUUAUCAAGGUAAAGAAGAUGAAUUAGCAAAUGCAAUGGGAUUUUACUUACUUGGUUGGUGUAUUUUCACUUGGGGAAUUUGUACAUGUACAAUGAAAUCAACAAUUGCAUUAUUUGCAUUAUUUUUCUUAUUAGGCCUAACAUUUUUAUUAUUAUCAAUUAGUGAAUUUACAAGAAAUGAUAAUGUUAAAAGAGCUUCUGGUGUUAUUGGUACAAUUGUUUCAUUUAUUGCUUGGUAUAAUGCUUAUGCAGGUGUAGCAAAUAAACAAAAUUCAUAUAUUGCAUCACAUCCAAUUCCUUUACCAAGUAAUGAAAAAGUCUUUUUUUGA